AGAUAAGUCAACUGCUAGAGACCCUUUUUUUCCCUUCCCCCCAAAGUAUAUUUUGUCACAGCCCCAGCCCCACAGAUCCCGGUGCUGCUCCAUGUGCAGACGACCCUCCCAUCGGUGCUAGGGCCCAAAACAAUCCGUGACAGCUGCUUCUCGGCCCCCAUCUCCCCCCCCCCCCCUCCCCUUCUUCCCAUUGCAAACUGGGGGAUGGGGGGGGGAAACAUUUCCCUUACCUCCUUUUGGGGUGAGAUGAGUCGUCACCAGCCAGGACCGCUGCGGUACCUUCCGCCUCCCUUCCACUCAGGUUGGGGGGACCCAGCAGGGCGCGGUGCUCCCCAGCACAGAGAUCCCCGUGGGGGUGCACCCAGAGGCAAAGACGAGCCGUCCAGUUUGGGAUUUGAUGACGAGAACUAUCCAGCCCCGCAGCCAGAGGGGUCCACUUUCUCCAGGCUUGAGUCCGAAACUGGGGCCACCACCAGCCCCGGGACUGGACCUAGCCAAAGCAUCGGCACCUCUUCCCAGCCCCAGGUAGCCACCAAGCCAGCAGGUUCCCAGGUGCUUUCGUUGCCUGACCACUUCACCCCUCCUGCUGCUACCGGGCACCGGCGAGAAAGCAGCCCUUCGUCAUCUUGCUCGGAUACUGUAAAGGGGGACUAUGAAGCUUCCAUUAGACUGAAACCCGGCUAUGGAUCAUCCGGGACGGGGAAAACGGAAGAGCAGCGUUUUUUCCUCCAGGAGGCUUCACUUUUAGACAGGCCUAAAGACGACCCAACGGCGCAAGAAAUACAAGAGGAUUCAAAAGCUGCAGCUAUAACUGGCAGCUGGCUGACUGCAAAGGGUGGAAAGGAAAAAAGAAGCCCUUAUACUAAAUACCAGACGCUGGAGCUGGGAAAGAAAUUCUUCUUUAUGUAUUUGACCAGAGAGCGCCGCCUAGAGGUCAGACGAAGUGCCAGCUUCACAGAUUAGACAAAAUCUGGUUCCACAACCGCAGGAUGAAACUGAAAAAAAAUGACCAAAGAUAAUUGGGUGCGACCAGAAUUUAACAGCUCAGUUCUCAUUGUGACAAGUGACUAAAUAAAACCAACGCAAAUCAAUUUGUGGGGAAGAAAGGGAGGGGUAAUAUUUAUUUUUUUGUCUUUGUUACCGCUGCUGUAACAAUGUUAAGGGGUUUCAAAUAUAUAUUUUAUUAUCUCUUAAACCAUGUGGUUAAGAAAUAUUCCGACGUAGUGUUUUCUGUUUGUGAUAUAUCCUUCAGGCUGAAGCAUAGUUAAAAAGAAUUCACUCUAAAGUAAUAGCCCCACUGACAUUUCUUUCGAAUGGCGCUCCUACAAUGCUAGACAGUAAGGGUUUUUAAGACAACUUUUUAAUCUUAUCCAUUUAAAUGCGAUAAGCACCUUCCAUAUGUAACACAUUCUGGCUGAAAAUAUUCCCCCACUCUUACAGAACUGAUGACAAAUACUCCCAGAGGCUAGUUCUGAUGGAUGGGAACCCUGACAAACAGCUGUUGUAACAAUAUUUUAAUAAAACCAUAGCGUGGUGCAGGUCUAAAUAAAACAUAAUGAGAACUUGAGCGUCAAAAGCACAUAUAUAUAUAUGUAUAAUAUAUAAUAUAUAUAUAAUAUAUAUAUAUAUAAAAUAGAUACAGACACAGAUAUACAUAUAUUGAUAUAUACGCAUACACUUUCAUUUUCCCUUGCCUAUUAAUUAUUUUAGCAGGUAUCUCUUGACGAGUGGAAGUUGUCCUAUAGCUAAGAUAUCCAUUAACUAUAUGAGAGCAGGAGCUGGUCUGUGACGCCUAAAUUUAAAACCUUUUGAAGAACUUUCGCAACAGCCAGAAAGGGGGUGGGGGUGGGGGAAUCCCAUUACUUUAAAAUGUUAUUCCAGCUCAAGGAUUAAACCCAAUAUAUAGUUUAUGUAGUUUUAUUAUGAUUAUUAUUAAGCUUUCCAUUAUUUAUUUUAAACCUGGUCGUGAAAUUAUAUGGCACAUGCAGUUUUGUACUUCACACUUAUCUAGGUCGUUUUAUUUAUGUUUCAGUCUGUAAUUUGAUGGGGGGUGGUGUAUUUAAUUUCCAAAUUUGAGCAGUGAAAGCUCAAUGAUAAACAUAUUCUUUCAGUUUGUUGUUUUGUAUAAGUGGAAGAGCUCUCAGUACCAAUGUCACUCCAACGCUGGAAGCUUUGAAGAAGAUAAAUGAAAAAUGUUUGAUCUAGUGGUUUCAAUUUUUUAAAAAAAGUCUCUGUAGCAGAUAGAAUUCAAUAUAAGACGUUUUGACAGGUGUGGGGCGUGGAUUAUUUGUCAAUGAAACACAAAUAAAGUUUGAUAGCAGUAUAGCCUUUUGACUUUUUUCCAGAGUUUGAUUUAAACUUGAACCUGCCCCUCUCUGGUGCACUGUGAGUCAUGACUGUGAUCAAAAACGAAACGAUACAUUUGAAAUAAAAAGUGUAUCUUUGUUUUAAAUCCCAGUCGAUGCCAGAGAGGCUUACUAAUAUUUUUUCUAUGCCUUGUAUUUUUCAAUAAAAAGGUCUAAUAUUGCACAAAAAUAAAAAUCUAGGCUGCUUGAUAUUCUGAUCGUAAAUUAUUUCUCUUUUUAUAAUGUAUGGUUGGAUGGUGGUGUUGUGGUGUUUUCUUUUAAAUCUGUGUUUUCUUUCUGUUCACCGCCUGAUGUGAUGUAAACUGUUUGAAGUUCAACAACAUGGCUAAGUUUUAUUGUAUUUCCGGUACAAUAGAUUUAUAUACCACCCCGUCCAGUCUUUAAAGGCUUUGCAAAUGAAAUGAAGCUAAGUUAUAGUCAAGUUUCAGGCUCCUCCCUGCAUCUCUUGAACUCGGACUAGUUGUUGUGGUGGGUUUGGUUUGGUUUGGUUUUUCUUCUAAUGAACUUUUAAACGCUAGGAAACUUGUACUUUAGAAACAUGGCUAUCUUUACUUCAUUGUCUUUCGAGUGAGUUGAUUUAUUUAUUUAACCCACUUAUAGAAGAAUACAACGCACGAGGUAAGACAUUUAAUUUAUAUUUUAUGACACUUAAAAAAAGAUGGCAGCGGGAAAACUGAAGUAGAAAAUCUCAGUGUUAUAUAUUUUAAAGGAAUCUAAAUUUAAAUCCUUUCAUGUUCUUGAAAAGUUCUAAAAGUCUUCUAAGAAUUAAGGAAAUCUCACAGAACCUUGAACCUCAGCAAAAACUCCUUUUGGGGCUGUUAUCCAACCAUCUUUCCUCACCCUCUCCUCAGCUUGCUAGGUCUAAUUCUCCCCCUUUAUAAAAUUGGUAAUUAUUUUAUAUAAUCACUGUAAACAUAUCAUUUAUAUAUUCAAUGC